AUGGCAAAAAUUAAUGUCAAGGUUACCACGCUCUUCUUGUUAGCUCUCUUCCUCUGCUCAACACUAACCUAUGCCGCCCGCCCCAAGCCAGGCUUUCCUAGUGGUUCUCUGGCAAAGAACCAACCCAAGGUUGUUGAGGCUGAUCAUGCAGAGGUGAUGGAGGAAAGCUGUGAAGGAAUUGGUGAGGAAGAGUGCCUGAUGAGAAGGACACUUGCUGCUCACACCGACUACAUCUAUACCCAGAAGCACAAACCAUGA